AGCUUACCUGCAACAGGCUACAUCAACUAGUGCCGUUUGAACUGGAACACAAACAUUACACUCCGAGUAGGAGGGGUGUACAAAGGUAACCACCGCAGACUUGGGAAGAUCUGCUUCGUACCAUGCGCACGUUAGCCUCCCACCUCACUUCUUAUUUGUGUAGAAGAAAACUUGGAUGCAAUGUACAGUCUCGCAGUUCCUCAUCAUUCAAUGUAAAAGAUGAGCUCUCCAUUGAGAAGGAUGCUGAAAGAAAGAUAGGGUGGUUAUUGAAACUAAUCUUUGCUGGGACUGCAUCAGCUGUUGCUUACCAGUUAUUUCCGUAUUUGGGUGAUAAUUUGAUGCAACAGUCCGUGUCGCUGUUACAUGUCAAGGAUCCUUUGUUUAAGAGAAUGGGAGCAUCUCGAUUAGCCCGUUUCGCAAUAGAUGAUGAAAGGAGGAUGAAAAUAGUAGAGACUGGUGGGGCUCAAGAGCUCUUAAAUAUGUUAGGGGCUGCUAAGGAUGACCGCACACAGAAGGAAGCUUUGAAGGCCCUUACUGCCCUCUCACACUCAGCUUGUACAAUCACAAUUAAAACUGGACUCUAUCAGAACAGUUCCACUGUGUGGUAACUAGUAAAAACCAUUUGGGAAGAGGAAGGCGUUAGAUGAAGCUGUUAGAGCUUUACACCUUGCUGGGGCCGUCUCAGUUAUCAGGUCUGCCCCACAGUCCGUUGAGGAUGCAGAUGUUGAAAAAUACAAGUCAAGCCUGCUGAAGAGAUUCCAAGACCUGAGAUAUGAUGUUUCAUCUUGAGAUGUGACCAGGGUACCUGCCUUUAACUUAAGGCUUCAAACACCAAUAGUAAAAUAAAAAAUAUGUCUGCAUGUGCAAGGAACUCUGUUUUGUAAGGAUAGGUAGAAUGUCUCCUCUAUCUUUUUUGUUUAAUCUAAUAAGAAGAGUUUCAAAAAAAAUUUCUUUUUAAAAUUUGCCUUGUUUCUUGGAUAAACGAUUCUUUUUAUUUACUUCAUUUUCUUUCCUUUAUUUAUGUGAUGGGUGAUUCCUUGUAGAAAACUCUGACAGCAGGCCACAAUGGCAUUAGUGCAAAUUCAUAAAUCUCAAAUUUUAGCUGCCAA